AUGGUGACGCUGCGUCACCUGCUCCAGCCCCUCACGGCAGCGGCACUGCCAGCACCUCGCUCGGGCUCACAGAGGGCUCCCCAUGCCACAGUGCCCUGUCGGAAUGGCAUGGAACAGCGCCCAGCACAGGCCUACCUGCUGCUCCACCUGCCUGCUGCCAUCUUGUGCCUUUUUAGCACAGGCCUACCUGCUGCUCCACCUGCCUGCUGCCAUCUUGUGCCUUUCCAGCACAGGCCUUCCUGCUGCUCCACCACCUGCCACCAUCUUGUGCCUUUCCAGCACAGACCUUCCUGCUGCACCACCACCCUGCCGUCAUCUUGUGCCUUUCCAGCACAGGCCUUUCCCUCUGCUGCUGCACCACCUGCCGCCAUCUCGUGCCUUUUCCUUCCUCCACAAAGCGCGUACCUGGCCCUGCCCCGACCCACGUCUCCCGCCCUCAGGGUACCUCACAUCCGGUGCCUCAGGCAGGAGCUGUGUGAGGCAGAGCAGGCCUUUCGCAGCCAGCUGUGCCCAUGUCCUCCCGGGGAGUUUGGCCAGCUUGUCCAAGGUGUGUCUGCUAUGCUCUGAGGUGACAAGCCGGUGAGGCAGGAGGUGUUGUUGUCACCACAACAUGUUCCCCCAAAUAACCAGGAGCACUGUGUUCCACCACAGCAGCUUGGAGGAAACCCCUUCUUUGCCCUUCGGUCUCCACAGCACGGGGUGAUGGUGGAUGAUGGAGAAUUCCUGGGCAAGCAGCUGUGCAUGUCCUGCUUUGAGACACCUCAGCCUUCAAAUCACUGGGACUGCCUUUGGAAAUCAGGCUGGACUUUUGCCCUGACUCCAUUUCCCACUCAUUUUACCAGGAUUCUUCUCCAAGCAAACUGCUCUGAAGUUGUCAGCUUCCAUGUAGCUGUCAGCAAGCCGAGCGAGACUCUAAAUGUGACAGACCAAAGGCAGUUUGCCACACAUUUUAUGAAACUUGUGGAUGCUGAGGACACCAAGUUUUGUAUUGACAUUCUGGAAAACAUUCAGGUUUUGUCAGAGAAUAUAUGA